AGUUAACGGGGCUGAAGUAAACACGAUCAGGCCGGGAGGGCUGGCAUACAGACAGUAGCAAACGUGAAUGUUAGCUAAUGUUUAGGUAUGGCCGCGGUAGUGGCUCGGCAGUUUAUUAAAGGAGAGUUUUGUUGGUUUGUUUGUUUGUUUUUUUGCUUAUCUGAAAAAGUAACGCUACGUCAGUGUCAGAAAUACGCGGUCAGACAAGUUAACAAUUCAGCACGAUCUUAUAGAAACAGAGUUCAUGUGAGGUAACGUUGAUAUGGCUAAAGUUAGCUCCUGCAAUACUGGAAUUGAGCAAGUUUCCCUUCAAGGUGGAAGCCUUGAAAAUGAAAAUAGAGGAGGACAGAGGAAAAGACACAUUUCCUGCAGUGGGACAAAAACUCAUCUAUGCAGGCAAAAUCUUAAAUGAUGACACCCCGCUGAAAGAGUACAAAAUCGAUGAGAAAAAUUUUGUGGUGGUCAUGGUUACAAAGUCUAAAGCAGCCACUCUUCCACAGGCAGCCGCUCAGCCACCUCCCCAGCCAACUGCAGCUCCAACACCACUCUCAGCGACAGGCCCAGCGUCGGCCUCUGGCCCAACACAAGUGCCCUCCACACCAACACAUACAGCGUCUGCCCCCACACCUUGCCCACAGUCUGUGCCUUUUUCUGAAUCCUCGCUCCCAGUGCCAGAAAACCCCCCACCGGCUUCUGCUGAAGCAACAGCAGCUCCAGCUCUGGAUUCAGCCGUAGCCCCAGACUCAGCUCCAGCCUUGGCUUCAGCUGCUACACCAGCCUCUGCCCAAGCUCCCGCUCUUAAACCUGUUCACACAGACCCCAGCUCAACCCCUGCAGACCAGCCCACCCCUGGUGCCCACACAGAAGAGACGCCAAGGGAAAACCCUGAGAACCAACCUUCUGCCACUGCACCGGUCUGCUCCUCUGCUUCCAGCCUCGUUGAUGAACUGGGUCUCCUUGAGGAAGCUGCGUCAAUACUGGUGACGGGUCCAGCUUAUGAGAAUCUGGUGUCAGAGAUUAUGUCUAUGGGUUAUGAGCGGGAGCAGGUAGUCGCUGCGCUAAGAGCCAGUUAUAAUAACCCAGACCGAGCAGUGGAGUAUCUUCUCAUGGGUAUUCCAGCAGAGGCCAGUGAUCUUCCAUCUCAGGAGCCUGUUAGACACAAUGCUCCAUCCAACCCCUCCACCCCUACCACACAACAACCACAGCAGCCCCCGGCAACCUCAAACAGGUCAGUGUCUGGCAGCCAGCCUCCCUCUGCUGGUGGAGGCUCCGUAUCUACGGGGAACCCUCUGGAGUUCCUGAGGAACCAGCCGCAGUUCCAACAGAUGAGACAGAUCAUCCAGCAAAACCCGUCCCUCCUGCCUGCCCUGCUGCAGCAGCUGGGCAGGGACAACCCUCAGCUGCUGCAGCAAAUCACACAGCACCAGGAGCAUUUUGUGCAGAUGCUGAAUGAGCCACGGGCUGGAGACCUGGGAGGGGAGGGGGCUGAGGCGCAGGGUUCAGCACCCGCUAACUACAUCCAGGUCACCCCACAGGAGAAGGAGGCUAUUGAGAGGUUGAAAGCACUGGGCUUUCCUGAGGGCUUAGUCAUCCAGGCUUACUUUGCCUGCGAGAAGAAUGAGAAUCUGGCUGCUAACUUCUUGCUACAGCAAACGUGGGAUGACGAGUAACCGAACAUCAGCUGACGUAUCAACGCUCGACUGAGGGCUGCAGAGUGGUCCACCUGGGGAGGAGCAGGGACAGAGGAGGAAGAGGACAUUUGUUUUCAUGCAAUGGAACUGUGCUCUGAUGAUGAUGGUGAUGAUGAUGAUGACAUGCUGUGCUGCCUACUUUAUAAUUUGUUGUGAUGAUCACCAUAGGAGCUCACACUGAGUUGUGCCUCACUGCUGCUACAGCGUUACUGCUGCCGCUUGUGAGUCGUGUCAAAAGAAGUCAUGUGGGAAGACAUGCCUACAGGCUUUUAUUUUUAUUAUGUUUUCCACAGACUCAAGCAGAACAUAUGUUAAACAUAAACAUAUGCAGUAUUAGAGUUUAUCUGUAGUGAGUGUAUAUGCAUUAAAAAAAAAAAAACAGUACAUUUUUCAACAUAUUGACUUUUCCUGAAAAUGUGAUGCAAACUGUUGACUUCACUGUUUGACAUUUAGCAUUGCUUUGUAUUAAAAGUUCAGGUCCGAUGAUUUGAUUGAUUCUGCUGUGAAAUGCGAAUUUAAUGAUGAGUCCAGAUUGCACAAAUGUUUUCCACAAGCUGAUUGAAAUUGCUGAAGGAGUUUUUGAAGCUUUGCCACCCAUCGCUGACAGGUAAAGAGAAAAAAUAGAUGAUUUUUUUGUUUGUUUGUUUGGUUUUUUUUUUAGGAAUGACCAAGAUAUAAAAUUAUGAAUGUCAAAAUGUUAUAAAUAACUCAAAAUUACAACUAUGUGAGACAAAAUAAUGUCAAAAUUAUAAGACAGUAAAUGAAUGUCUCAUAAAUCUCAAAACUUCUAUCUCAUAAUUUUGACUUUUUUCUCAAAGAAAUGGGCUUUCAAAGACUUUAGACAUUAAAAGGUUGGCAAAAUAUGUCUUUCAUAAGCAGAUGGUUAACUCCACUACAUGCUGUAUGCCAUUGUCAUAUUGGGUGAUUGAUCCAAGGUUGAUUAUUGUUGUCAUAUUGGGUGAUUGAUCCAAGGUUGAUUACGGGGUGCCAUAUAGCACGCUUUGUGAGCUAAAUACUUGAUUUUUUGUUGUAAAGAAACAUGUUCUUUUCUCAAUAUUUCUGCCACUUAUUUUCAUCCGUUUCUCUUCGGUUUCCCUCAUAUCACAUGUUCUUUGUAAGCUGCAAGACUUUGAGAGAGCUUUGAAAGACUUGAACAUGUUUCAUCUUACAGGUUGUGUUACAGUAUGAUUUAAUGUUUCAGAUAUUUCUCAGAUGACUGUCCUGGCAUUGGUGAUGAUGAUAGUUUGAAAAGUGGUCUAAAGGUAUUUUGAGUAAGCAUGAGGAGCCUACACACACAUACACAUAUACAUAUACAUCUAUCUAUAUAAAUAUAGAUAGAUAUAUAUUUUUUUCAGCCUUCAGCAUGUGCUCUGCUAAUGACUUUUUACUUCUCUUAACUGUGGUUGAACUUUUGACUGAGAAUAUUGUAUUAUAUUGUAUAUGGGGCAUACAAAUGCUGCUGUUUAACUGUGAGGGUUUAGUGGCUGCAUGAGACUGUGAGUUAUUUAUGGCAUGGCAACUGGUUACUACGGAAUGAUGAAACCACCAGUGUGGUGUUGGUCUGAUCUUAGCUUGGCUGUUGUUUUACCCAUUUUGUCAAUUUUUUUGUUUUAAUUUUGGGUUUCUAAAGAAUAAAAAAUACUUAGAUCCUUAAAAACGCUGGUUGAUAUUUUACUGAGUUGAUGUGAAUAAACUAUGUUUCAACACUGUGUAAAAUAAACGGCUUUUACAAA